UCGCCUCUCGCCAGCUGGAAGGUGGUGCCGGUGUUGGCCGGGGCGUUGGGAGCGUGGCCACCGCCGUGCUGCUGUGGGUGGCCGUGACCCCGGGGACGCCUCGGCUGGGCCGGUGGCCGCUGGCUCCGCGGCUUGGCCACGGCAUGGGCAGCCCACAGGGAUUUCGCAGGAAGAGAGCGAAUCCAGCCGCUGCGCUGCUUCCGUCCUCCGGCUGCUGCCGAGCCCAGAGGGGCAACUUCAUGGCUUAGCUUGCGGCAGGAGCCUGCUGCCCCUGGGACACACAGCGCCGAGGAGCCGGAGCCAUGAGGACAGCAUCCGCCUGAGCGCCGGGCGAUGAGCCCGCAGGGAUGACCCUGCAGGAUGCCGAGGCUAUGGGGUGGGUGCUGACACCAUGAAGGGCUACCAUGGGGAGCACAGCCAGGCACAGCCCUCCUCCGGCCACCGCUGCCGCUGCAUCCCAGAGGACUGCAAGCAUCCCGCCGACUACAUCCAACACGGCCCCGAGGGCCGGCCGCCGUACCUCCUCAGCCCCAGCGAGCCGUGUUCUCUGGAGCAUCCCUACUGCCCGGUGCGGAGCCCUGGCGCGGCCAGCGAGUGCCCGGGCGUGCCCUUGAGCGAGCCGCCCUCCGCCAGCGCCAGCAGCACCUUCCCGAGGAUGCACCACGCGCAGCAGCCCUACGACUCCUGCGACGAAUGCAUGGCGACCGCCCACCCCUCCAGCAAGAUCAACCGCCUGCCCCCCACGCUGCUGGACCAGUUUGAGAAGCAGCUGCCUCUGCACCACGACGGCUUCCACACGCUGCAGUACCCUCGGGCCGGCGGCGCCGAGCCCCGCAGCGAGAGCCCCAGCCGCAUCCGCCACCUCGUCCACUCCGUUCAGAAGCUCUUCGCCAAGUCCCACUCCCUGGAGGCGCCGGCCAAGCGGGACUAUAACGGCGCCAAGAUGGACGGGCGUGGGGACGGCUACCACCACCAUCACCACCACCACCACCAUCAUCACCACCAGUCCCGCCAUGGCAAGCGCAGCAAGAGUAAGGACCGCAAGGUGGACUCCCGGCACCGGUCCAAGAUGAUGGGCUGGUGGAGCUCCGAUGACAACCUGGACAGCGAUAGCAGCUACAUGGUGUCGGGCCGGCACGCUGCCGGCCAGGGCACCCAGUACUGCAUGGACGCUCCCGAAAGUGCCUUCAGAGACUUGACCUUGAAGAGUCUAAAGGGUGGUGGGGAAGGAAAAUGCCUGGCCUGUGCUGGUAUGUCCAUGUCUCUGGAUGGCCAGACGCUCAAGAGGAGCGCCUGGCACACCAUGACCGUCAGCCAGGCGCGCGAAGCCUACCCCAGUGCCGGCGGCACCGAGAAGACCUUGAUGCUUCAGGAGGCAAAGGCCAAAGACCGAGCGUAUCAGUACCUGCAGGUGCCGCAGGACGAGUGGAGCGGGUACCCAGCGGCAGGCAAGGAUGGGGAGAUCCCCUGCCGAAGGAUGCGCAGCGGCAGCUACAUCAAGGCCAUGGGUGAUGAGGACAGUGCCGACUCAGACGCCAGUGCCAAAGUAUCGCCCAGGGCGGCCACACGGCGAGACAGCUACCGCCGCUCCUCCAGCGCCGAUCAGGCCAGGACCAAGUUUGCAAGUAGGCACUAUUCUGAUUCAUAUAUCUGUAACUGUCCCAGCUGCUGCACGCCACCGCGAAUGCUGCCACGGGGACAGGGCUACGGGCGCUCCUUCACCACCGGCCAGAUCAAUGACGAGCUCAACCACCAGUUCGAGGCCGUCUGCGAGUCGGUUUUUGGCGAGGUGGAGUCGCAGGCCGUGGAGGCGCUGGACCUGCCCGGUUGCUUCCGCAUGCGGAGCCACAGUUACCUGCGGGCCAUCCAGGCGGGCUGCUCCCAGGAUGACGACUGCCUUUCCCUCUUCUCCAUGUCGGCCCCCGCCGGGCCGCCCAUCACCAGCAGCAUCCUGAAGCCCAGCACCUCCUUCAGUUACAGAAAAGCUCCACCUCCCAUCCCUCCAGGAACCAAAGCCAAACCCAUCAUCUCCGUCACGGCACAGAGCAGCACUGAGUCCACCCACGAGAGCUACCUGCCCAGCGAGGUCACCCGCAGCCCCGCGUGGUCCAAAGACGCCGCGGCCCGUUGCAACUCGGCCGAGAGCCUGGAGACCUCUAAAGUGACAUCUGUGGCCCUCGAUUUGCCUCCGGUCCAGCCCCGUGCUGCUCCCAAGCCCUCCACACUCAUCAUCAAGGCCAUCCCCGGCCGGGAGGAGCUGAGGAGCUUGGCUCGGCAGCGAAAGUGGCGUCCCUCCAUUGGCGUCCAGGUUGAGGCCGUCUCCGACUCGGAUACGGAGAGCCGGAGCCAGAGGGAGUUCCACUCCAUUGGGGUGCAGGUGGAGGAGGACAAAAGGCGAGCGCGCUUCAAACGCUCCAACAGCGUGACGGCAGGCGUGCAGGCGGACCUGGAGCUGGAGGGCUUUGCUGGCCUGGCCGUGGCCACCGAGGACAAAGCUUUGCAGUUUGGGCGCCCCUUCCAGCGACAUUCCUCGGAGCCUGAGUCUGGGCGGCAGUACGCGGUGUACAAGACGGUCCACACGCAGGGGCAGUGGGCGUACCGGGAGGACUACCAGCUGCAGUACGACACCGUGGAAGUGCCCCGGAGGGAUGCCUGGAUGGAGCGGGGCUCCCGCAGCCUCCCCGACUCCGGCCGUGCCUCCCCCUGCCACCGCGAUGGGGAAUGGUUCAUCAAACUGCUGCAGGCGGAGGUGGAGAAGAUGGAGGGUUGGUGCCAGCAGAUGGAGAGGGAAGCAGAGGACUACGACCUGCCGGAGGAGAUCCUGGAGAAGAUCCGGAGCGCCGUGGGCAGCGCCCAGCUCCUCAUGUCCCAGAAGGUGCAGCAGUUUUACCGCCUCUGCCAGCAGAACAUGGAUCCCAACGCAUUCCCUGUGCCCACCUUCCAAGACCUGGCUGGCUUUUGGGACCUUCUGCAGCUUUCCAUCGAGGAUGUCAGUAUGAAGUUUGCAGAGCUCCAACAGCUCAAGGCCAACGGGUGGAAGAUUGUGGAGCCCAAGGAGGAGAAGAAGGUGCCUCCCCCGAUACCAAAGAAGCCACCGCGCUCCAAGGUGCACCCGGUGAAGGAGCGCUCCCUGGACUCGGUGGACCGGCAACGGCAGGAGGCCCGCAAGCGGCUCUUGGCAGCCAAGCGAGCUGCCUCCUUCCGCCAGAGCUCGGCCACCGAGAGCGCGGACAGCAUCGAGAUCUACAUCCCCGAGGCGCAGACCCGGCUGUGACCGCAGCCUCCGCUUUUCUACCCGGACUGGACGGCGCGGCCGUAGCUCACUGUGAUGGGGGCCGCGGGGACACCUUGGGGCAGCUCUUGGCCCCGCUCACAGCUUCUCUCUUUUCUAUCUUAGACCUUUUCGUGGACCCAA